AAACCUUGUAGUCCAAGAAAAAUAUAUACUUGUAAUUGUUGAGAUGCUUCUUAAUGAUGUAAGUCAUGAGUCAUGAUCUCCUAGUCAAGCAGGCGUCAGUGGGUCAACACAAACACGUUUAUGUUCUUGUUUUUUAGCAGAGAUCUAUGUUUCUUUCUUUUCUCUCUCGCUCUCUCUCUCAAACUAAACAACAUACGCCAUACAUUAUUCACCUUCUUCUUCUUCUCAAAUCUCACUUCCUCAUAAAAUUAACACAAAAAAAACACAUAACAAACCUUUCCUUCAACAACAAAACUACUAACCCUUUUGUGUCUGUUUCUAUUUCAUGGGCUGUUCUUGGAAUUGGGAACCAAUCCUUAGAUGAGCAGCAGCCACCACCGCCGUAUGGACAAAUCCCAUACCUUUCUUCACAGUUUUCUCAAACACUUCAAAUUCGGUUCCACUGCAGACCAAAACGAUGAAGCUGAGAUACAAAGAAUGGCUUCACGAGAACAGAAGAUAUUUUCAUAUGAAACCCUUGUUUCUGCCACCAAGAAUUUUGAUUCUAAAUUAGGUGAAGGAGGUUUUGGACCUGUCUACAAGGGGAAAUUGAGUGAUGGUAGAGAAAUUGCGGUGAAGAAAUUAUCACAGACAUCAAAUCAAGGGAAGAAGGAGUUCAUGAAUGAGGCAAAGUUGUUAGCUCGUGUGCAGCAUAGGAAUGUGGUGGAUUUGUUGGGUUAUUGUGUUCAUGGCACAGAGAAGCUACUUGUUUAUGAGUAUCUUCCCCAUGAGAGCCUUGACAAGUUUCUAUUCAAACCUGAUAAGAGAGAGCAGCUUGAUUGGAAACGUAGGUUUGGAAUAAUCACUGGCGUGGCGAAGGGGUUACUCUAUCUCCACGAAGAUGCGCACCAGUGCAUAAUCCAUCGUGACAUUAAGGCAAGUAACGUAUUGCUUGCUGACAAAUGGGUGCCCAAGAUUGCAGAUUUCGGUAUGGCGCGUCUCUUCCCUGAAGAUCAAAGCCAAGUCAAUACACGUGUCGCCGGAACAAAUGGAUAUAUGGCGCCAGAAUAUAUGAUGCACGGAAGACUCUCUGUCAAGGCCGACGUGUUUAGCUAUGGAGUUUUGGUACUAGAGUUGAUCACUGGCCAAAGAAACUCUUCCUUUAAUUUGGAUGUGGAGGAGCAUAACCUCUUCGAUUGGGCAUACAAGAUGUACAAGAAAGGAAAGUGCUUAGAAAUUGUAGAUACUACAUUAGUAUCUACGGCUAUAACAGAACAAGUAGCUAUGUGUAUUCAACUAGGUCUUCUAUGCAUCCAAGGAGAUCCACAACUUCGUCCAACAAUGAGACGCGUGGUGGUGAUUCUUUCGAGGAAACCACCGCAUAACCACAUGGAAGAACCAACAAGACCAGGAAUACCGGGUAGCAGAUAUAGAAGACCUCCUGGACACUCUGGUUUGUCUUCCACAAUUGGCAGUACCUCUGGUGGUGUUUCUUAUUCUCAGUCUUCGGAUUCGAGUAAGAACGGUACGACUCUUUCUAGAACUGUCACUGGUACAAGUUCAGGUACUGCUGAGUUAGAUCCAAGAGGGAAACGUCCAAUGAAGGAUUAGGCUCACUCAUGGGGGUUUAUUUAUUUUGUUAUUCUUUUUUUUGUUUUAGUAAUGUAAGUAUGUGAUUUGAAGUUUUGAACCGAUUAGAAUGUAGAUAUUAGUAGUAAGAAUUUAAGAUGGUUAGAUUAGGUAUCACCAAGUUAAUGUGAAUUCUUAUUCUUUUAGUAUUUUUAAGAUAUAAAUGAGAUGAAAUUCAUGUAA